AAGGGAUCCUGUUUCUACAUUUGAAUCAGCCUGGGGUUAUGAACAAAUGUCAGGCUUCUAUAAGAUGGAUUUAGAAACAUUUGCUCUGUCACCAAAAACAGGAUUGCUAUCAAAGAAUCCCUUUAGACCGUUUGGGCAGAACCAACUGCUUCAUGAUUUUGGUUUACAUCCAGACAACUUUAACAGUAGUUCCGCUGUUCUAGAUAAAAUAUUAGAAAUAGAAGCUAAUUUCAAUCUUGUGCUCCUUGCAGAAAGGUUCCAAGAAUCAAUGAUAUUAAUGAAAAAUGAACUCUGUUGGGAGCAAAGUGAUAUGCUAAAUAUGAAGCUAAAUGCAAGACAAGAAAAAAAGAAAACAAGCUUGAGUGAACCAGCAAGACAAGCAUUAGGAAACGAAACUAAUGAUUUUAGAUGUCUUGUAUGUUGA